GCUCUGUUUGACGCGCGCGCAUCUGUGGCGUCGGCCGCAGGUGCCGCCAAGGCAUUUCCGGGCGCCAUUCAAGGUGAUCCACGGUCUCUGAGAACCCCAUCGUGAAACCCCUCUCCUCGAAGUAAGGGAACUUCCCCCCAGCUCGCAGCCUAGGUGUCCGGUACUGGGGUUAGGGUGCCUAGGUGGCGGCCUAGCAGUCGCUGAAGGAAGCAGAGAUAUUCGGACGACUAGAUCCCGGCGAUGCCCAACUGGCCUUAGACCCCACGCCUCGCCCUGUUGCUCGAACCAGGUCUUCCCUCAGGAUGCAGAAGAUCUCAGUGCCACCACCAGGAUGCAGAAGAUCUUCAGUGCUGCUCUUCCUGGUCUGGGUCAGCUUCCUCUUCUACGCUGGCAUUGCCCUCUUCACUAGUGGUUUUCUGCUCACCCGUUUGGAGCUCACCAACCAUAGCAGCUGCCAAGAGCCCCCAGGCCCCGGGCCCCUUCCAUGGAGGAGACAAGGGGAGCCUGGGGCCUGCUGGAUGGCUUCCAGAUUCUCCCGGGUUGUGUUGGUGCUGAUAGAUGCUCUGCGAUUUGACUUCGCCCAGCCACAGCACUCACACUUUCCUGGGAAGCCUUCUGUCUCUCUGCCCUUCCUGGGAAAAUUGGACUCCUUGCAGAGGAUCCUGGAGAUUCAACCCCACCAUGCCAGGCUCUACCAAUCUAAGGCUGAUCCUCCCACCACCACCAUGCAGCGCCUUAAGGCCCUCACCACUGGCUCACUGCCUACCUUUAUUGAUGCUGGCAGUAACUUUGCCAGCUAUGCCAUAGUGGAAGACAAUCUCAUUAAGCAGCUCGCCAGUGCAGGAAGGCGUGUGGUCUUCAUGGGAGAUGACACCUGGAAAGACCUUUUUCCUGGAGCUUUCUCCCAAGCGUUCUUCUUCCCCUCCUUCAAUGUCAGAGACCUGCACACAGUGGACAAUGGCAUCCUGGAACACCUCUACCCAACCAUGGACAGUGGUGAAUGGGACGCACUGAUUGCUCACUUCCUGGGUGUGGAUCACUGUGGCCACAAGCAUGGCCCUCACCACCCUGAAAUGGCCAAGAAACUUAGCCAAAUGGACCAGGUGAUCCAAGGAGUUGUGGAGCGUCUGGAGAAUGACACACUCCUGGUGGUGAUUGGGGACCAUGGAAUGACCAAGAGCGGAGACCACGGAGGGGACAGCGAGCUGGAGAUCUCAACUGCACUUUUUCUGUACAGUCCCACAGCACUCUUCCACAGGGCCCCACCAGAGGAGCCAGAGGUAGUUCCUCAAAUCAACCUUGUGCCUACGCUGGCCCUGCUGCUGGGCCUGCCCAUCCCAUUUGGGAACAUCGGGGAGGUGAUGACUGAGCUGUUCUCAGAGGUUGAAGACUUCCAACCUCACUCGUCUGCUCUCAACCAAGCUUCAGCGCUCCAUCUCAAUGCCCAGCAGGUGUCCCGAUUUCUUCACACCUACUCAGCUGCUGCUCAGGACCUCCAGGUUGAGGAGCUUCAUCGGCUCCAUAACCUCUUCUCCAAGGCCUCUGCUGACUACCAGCGGCUUCUGCAGAGCCCCCAGAGGGCCGAGGCAGCACUACAGACUGUGAUUGCUGAGCUGCAGCAGUUCCUGCGGGGAGUUCGGGCCAUGUGCAUUGACUCUUGGGCUCGUUUCUCUCUGGUCCGCAUGGCAGGGGGUGCUGCUCUCUUGGCUGCUGGCUGCUUUCUCUGCCUGCUGAUAUCCCAGUGGGCAACAUCCCCAGACUUCUACCCUUGCCCUCUCCUCCUAGUACCCAUGGCCUGGGGUCUGGCUGGGGUUGUAGUGUUUGUAGGCCUCCUGGCAACUACUGAACUGAAGCUGGAUCCAGUGGUUCUAGGCAUUGUGGCUAUAAUGGGCUCACUCCUACAUUUUCUUUGGAAAGUGUGGGCUGACUGGGGGUCCAAGAGGCCCCUGGCAGCCCUGCUUCCCACUCCUGGGCCUGUUCUAUUCCUCUUGUUCAUUCGCUUUGCUGCUUUCUUCUCUGAUAGCUUUGUUGUAGCUGAGGCUAGGGCCACCCGCUUCCUUUUGUGCUCACUCAUCCUAUUCCUGCUUGCCCAGCUUCACUGGGAAGGCAAGCUGCUGCCUCCUAAGCUGCUCACAGUACCCCGCCUUGGCUUUUCAUCGCCAGUGGGGCCCCUACAGCACAAUGGAAUGCAUGCCCUGGGGCUUGGAGUUGGAUUGCUUUUAUGUAUAAGACUAGCUGGUCUUUUUCAUCGCUGCCCUGAAGAGACACCUGCUUGCCACUCCUCUCCCUGGCUGAGUCCCCUGGCAUCCAUGGUGGGGGGUCGAGCCAAGAAUUUGUGGUACGGAGCUUGUGUGGGGGCUCUGGUGGCCCUGUCAGCUGCUGUACGCAUGUGGCUUCACCGCUAUGGUAAUCUCAAGAGCCCUGAGCCCCCUGUGCUCUUUGUGCGGUGGGGGCUGCCCCUUAUGGUACUGGGCACUGCUGCCUACUGGGCAUUGGCAUCGGGGGCAGAUGAAGCACCGCCGCGUCUCCGGGCCCUCGUCGCUGGUGCAUCAGUUGUGCUGCCCAGGGCUGUGGCAGCAUUGGCUGCUUCAGGGCUCUUGCUGUUGCUCUGGAGGCCUGUGACAGUGCUGGCAGAGGCUACGAUGGGUGUUCCAAGGACCAGGACUGUCCUCACUCCUUUCUCAGGUCUCCCAACUUCUCAGGCUGACCUGGAUUAUGUGGUUCUUCAAAUCUACCGACAAAUGCAGGAGGAGUUUCGGGGCCGGCUGGAAGGAACCAAAUGUCAGGGUCCCCUGACCUUGGCUGCCUAUCGGUUGGGGAAUGUCUACUCAGCUGCUAUGGUCACAGCCCUCACCCUCUUGGCCUUCCCACUUCUGCUAUUGCACGCAGAGCGCAUUAGCCUUGUGUUCCUGCUUCUGUUUCUGCAGAGCUUCCUCCUCCUGCAUCUGCUUGCUGCUGGGAUACCCAUCAGCACCUCUGGUCCUUUUACUGUGUCGUGGCAGGCAGUCUCUGCUUGGGCUCUCAUGGCCACACAGACCUUCUACUCCACGGGGCACCAGCCUGUCUUUCCAACUAUCCAUUGGCAUGCAGCCUUUGUGGGAUUCCCAGAAGGUCAUGGCUCCUGCACCUGGCUGCCAGCUUUGUUGGUGGGAGCCAACACCUUUGCCUCCCACCUCCUCUUUGCAGUAGGUUGCCCAUUGCUCCUAUUCUGGCCCUUCCUAUGUGAGAGUCAAGGGUCCCAGAAGAGGCGGCAGCCCCCAGGGAAUGAAGCUGAGGCCAGAGUCGGGCCUGAGGAAGAGGAGGAACCACUGAUGGAGAUGCGGCUCUGGAACAAACCUCACCACUUCAACGUAGCACUGCUGCAGCUGGGCCUCCAGUACCUCUUUGUCCUUGGUAUUCAGAUUCUGGCCUGUGCCUUGGCAGCCUCCAUCCUCCGCAGGCAUCUCAUGGUGUGGAAGGUGUUUGCCCCCAAGUUCAUUUUUGAGGCAGUGGGCUUCAUUGUGAGCAGUGUGGGACUUUUCCUGGGCCUAUUUUUGGUGAUGCGAGUGGAUUGUGCUGUGAGCUCCUGGUACCGGCAGCUAGUUCUGGCCCAGCAUAGGUAGCCUUGGCUGUGAGGGCCACGGAGAGAACUGGAGAACAAUCUAGUCUGGCCUAUACGGGUGCUGGGUCAUCUGCAAGAGAGGCUCAGCCAUACUUAUUAUCACCAUGCAGCCAGGAGCUACUAGCAUCUGGGACUUUAUUAUUUUAUAAUUAAAAAUCAUAAUGGGGCCUGAUCCUUAACUCCUGCUUUGGAUGUAUCUCAAGGACUGGGGGUAGUCUCCAACGUGGAAUAAAAUAAUAAUGUAAAUAUGUGUAUUUGAGAUGUGGGGAAGCACCUGCUAUCUUAGAGGGGCAGUUGGGAGCGUCAGUCUCCCUGUCCACCAGACACAGGUGGAAUCAUCUGCAGAACCGCUUUACCUUUGGGGAAUGGUUGGAGUUGUGUGAGUUCAUUUACUCCAGCUCUUCCCAAAUCACUCCCUCUAUCUCACCUGCCAUUUUCCUUUGCCAUGCAGUAUAUUUUAUUAUACAUUUAUCUUUGACUGUUAAAAGAGAUGGCUGGAAAGACAAGCCCAGGCAUCUUGGAGCAUACAGAUUUUCACUGUCUAAAGCCCCAGUAGUGCUGUCUCCUCUACUGUGCCCUUUCAUUCACCUCUGUGGAGGCCUCCCUAGUUUCCCAACCUGUGUUGCCUAUUUUCAGACCUGCUUGCCCAGCUUAAACAUUCCUUCUCCCCUUGACUAUUCCUGGCUUGAAGCCAAAACUGUAUGAAUGUAAUGCUCCUCAUGCAUGCCUGCCAUGUCCUCCAUCCACCUCACUAUUCCUAUGGCAUUUGGAAGUCCCUGUGCAAAAGGAGUAAGGAAGAGGCUCUGAGGUUAGGACUGGGGUUUGAGAUUUGAGAGUACUCAGGACAGGAGGAGAUGAGACCACUGAAAGAGAAGAAUGGAUGUUAAAAUUGUGGGGUAGCACCUACCUUUACUUGGCAGGGUAAGAAGCGAAGCUGAGUAACAGUGAUUGUGCAGUAAAGGCAUUCACUGCUGUGGUAGCUGAAGGAAGAGGUCUAGUUAUUAAUGGCCAACAGUCUCUAGUACUGUAGAGGUCAAGUUGGAAGAUGAUGAAAAGUAUGUACUGUUUCAGGCAAUUAGAGGAUAGGGCAUUGGACGCUGGCAGGGUUAGUUUUAAUAAUGCAAAGGGAGAGAAGUUAGGCCUCACCUAGCCUGUAGGAUAAAUUAGAAAGGAAAAAGUCCCACCCCCCUCCCUCAAUCUGGUGAGCACAACUCCCAGGCGUCAUUUAGUGAGCAGGAAGUACCUUAGAAAAGAAAUAAAAAGAUUUGUUCUCCAUCCCUAGAUCCAUAGUAAGGAUUUCAGACCCCACUUCCUUGCCCUGUCUUCAGGUUAGCUCAUUGCCCAUACCCCGGCUGCUUUUUCUUUACAGAGAGCCCCCUUCCCUGGAGCCUAAAGAUAAUCUUUUAAAGAAAUAUAUUAGCACAUUGAUUUACAUUAUUAAAAAUUCUUAUCUCUGCCCUGGUUGGUGUGACUCAGUGGAUUGAGUGCUGGCCUGUGAACCAAAGGGUUGUAGGUUUAAAUCCCAGUUAGGAUACAUAACCUGGGUUUCGGGCCAGGUCCCCAGUUGGGGCCAGGUGAGAGGCAACCACACAUUGAUGUUUUUUUCCCUCCCUCCUUGUCUCUAAAAAAUAAAUAAAUAAAAUCUUUAAAAAAAUAAUUCUUAUCUCUGCCUUUUACUCAACAUCAAACAUCCCAUUGCAUACUAACUCAUUGUUUCUUUGUUUUCUUAAGAUUUUAUUUAUUUUUAGGGAGGGAGAAAAGGAGAGAAACAUUGAUGUGCAAGGGAAAUGUCUAUCAAUUACCUGUUUCUUGCCCCCAGCUGGGGACCUGGCCCACAACCCAGGCAUGUGUCCUGACCCGGAAUCAAACCAGCAACCUUUCAGUGUGCAGGAUGACACUCAACCCACUGAGCCACAUCUGUCAGGGCCUCAUUGUUCCUUUUUCUAAAAAAAAAAAAAAAACUUUAUUGAGGUACAAUUUACCAUAAAAUUUACCCAUUUAAACUGCAUAGUUUAAUGAUUUUUUAGUGUAUUCAUGGUUUUACAGCCAUCACCACAGUCAAUCUUAGAACAUUUCAUCAACCUGCAAAGAAACUAGAUACUCUUUCCUAUCACUCCCAUCCCUCCCCAUCUCACUGCUAGCCUUAGGCAACCACUGUUGGCACUUCAUAGAAAGGGGGAUCGUACAAUGUAUGGCCUUUUGUGACUGGCUUUUUUGCACCCAGCUUAAUGUUUUCAAGGUUCAUCCAUAGAGUAGCAUGUAUAAGUGCUUCAUUCUUUUUAAAAGUUGAGGUAAAAUUCACAUAACACAACAUUAACCAUUUAAGAGUGUACAAUUCACUGGCCCUUAGUACAAUUUACAUGGGCUGCCAUCACUGCUAUUCCAUUUCCAGCACUCCCCAAAGAAAUCACCCAUUAGCACUUCCAAUCUCCUUUGCCCUCGGCUUCUGACAACUAUUAAUAUGUUUUCUGUCUCUGUGGAUCGGCCUAUUCUGGAUAUUUCAUAUAAAUGGAAUCAUAAUAUGUGGCCUUUUCUGUCAGGCUUCUUGCCUAAUGUUUUCAAGGUUCAUCCAUGCAGCAUGGAAUUGAACUGAUGUCUCAGUGUGCGGGAUGGCGCCCAACCCCAACCAGUCAGGGCAGUACUUUGUGGAGUUUUUUUUAUGGCCAAAUAAUACUCCAUUGUAUGGAUAUGUUGCAUUUUAUGUAGUCACUCACCAAUUGAUGGACAUUUGGGUUUGCACCUUGUGGUCAUUAAUAAUGCCGCUAUGAACAUCCACACACAAGUUUUUGUUUGGACAUAUGUUUUCAUUUUGGGGGGUAUAUACCUAGCGGUGUAUUGUGAAAUUGCUAGGUCACAUGGUAAUUCUGCUAAACUUGUUGAGGAGUUAUAAAAACUUUAAAAGCUACCUCUGUUUUCCAAACCUACCGCACAAUUUUAUAUUCCCACCAGCAGUGUAUGGGAGUAGCAAUUUCUGCAUAUCCAUGCCAAUACUUGUUAUUCAUCUUGUUUCUACCCAUCCUGGUGGGUGUGAAGUGGUAUCUCAUUUUAGUUUUAGUUUACAGAUCCUUGAUGACUAAUGCUGUUGGAUAUCUUUCUUGUGCAUAUUGGAAAACUGUCCAUUUUGGUUCUUUUGUCUUUUAAUUGGGUUGUCUCUUUAUUAUUGAGUUAUAAGCAUUGUUUUAUAUUCUAGAUAUAAGCCCCUUAACACAUUUAUGAUUUG